UCAAAGAUUUCUAAACCAAUUUAACUAGGAGUAGCUACAAAGUCGCACCAUUUAAAUUCCAUAAUCUCUCCCAAUUCCAAUACUAAUUGAUUUAUUUUCCAAAACAAUUGUACAAUAACUACUCAUCUAAUACUUAUCCAUCCAUCCUAUAUAUAAAACAUGAUCAGCAAACUAAUUACUGUAGAAAAUAAACCAUAAUCUUUCACAUAAGCUUUACUAAUCAAAAUUAUGGCAUCUGACUCUUCUGAUGAUUAUGACAAUUAUGGUUACAAUGAUGACAGUGAUUACGAGUCUUACAGUGCUACUGAUGAUGAUGAGGUGCUUAAGCUUGCAAUUGAGAAGCUUACUUUGGGUCCUAAAAAGAACAAACUGCUUGUUUUUAGCCUCAAUGGUCUGCUUCUUCACCGUGCUCAUAAACUCGACAAGUCUAGUAUUCCUGCAAAUCGCUGUCCUGAUGGAGUUUAUAAUGGCAACAGAUUUGUUUAUAAGAGGCCUUUCCUUGAUGAAUUUAUGAAGUUUUGUUUGGAUAGAUUUGAAGUUGGUAUAUGGUCUUCUGCACAAGAGCAUAACGUUGAUGCUGUCAUGGAUUGUGCUUUCAAAGGAUUUAGUAUCAGGUUCUUAUUUAUCUGGGACCAAGAUCAAUGCAACAACUCUGGAUUGAAGUCUUUGGAGAACAAAAAGAAGCCUUUGUUCUUCAAGGAGUUGAGUAAACUUUGUUCUAGCCUUGCCAACUCUAGCCGUGGAGCGUGUUUUUCUGAUUCAAACACUUUGCUCAUAGAUGAUGAGCCUUACAAAGGCCUUCUUAAUCCGCCACACACUGGAAUAUAUCCUGAUUCGUAUGAUCCAAACGAUGUCAAUGACAAUGCUCUAGAUCCAAAAGAAGAACUUGGAGAAUAUUUGAAAGGUUUAGUGAAUGCUGAAGAUGUUCCAUCCUAUGUGAAAGAACACCCAUUUGGACAACCUGCUAUAGGACCACUUCAUCCUCACUGGGAUUUUUACUCCAAAAUUCGUCGUCUCAAGAAAGAUGAUUAAGAAGAAAAUACUUGAUCUACUAAGACUACUUCUAUAAAAUAAGCUUCUAUGUUUAAUGUUGAAUUAGUAUUGAUCCCUAUCUAAGAGGAUUAUCCUUGCUUUUCCCGCUUAGAGCGAAAGGACUUAUCAAGAGUAUUUUGCGUA